UUCCUCUCCAGAGAAGUUUUCUGAAUACCACUUUAGUUGAGUCUUGAUUGCAGCCAGUUAUACUGGAGACUUCCAGUAUUCAGAUUCGAAAAUUGUGUGAACAAGUUGGUUCGUUAGGCGUGCGGUGUUUUGUGCAAGUUCUGGUGCCGUAUUUAGUAGCAGAACACAAUUUUUCUCAAUGUAACUGAAAAAAAUCAACACAGCAUCUUGAAGAAACCUCCUACAGUUCCUCUGUAGUGGACAGAAAAUCUUCAUUCUGAAUUUAUUUCAGACUAACAAUCCAUCUAAAAUCAAAUAUAAAUUACAAAAUGGCGUCGAUUUCUUCUUGGACCUCCUUAGUGGUGCUAUUCAUCUGUUUGGCAGUUCAAGAUGCGUCCACUGUUAACAAUAAUAACGAAGUGGCUGUUGAGCCUCAUGUUCUUACUGAAUCACCAAUCUGGUUGAAGAAGCCUUGCAGGAGGAAAGACCCCAAUGUCAAUAAAUGUUUGAAAGAAACAUUCCAAGCAAUGUUCCCGUACAUGGCCAAUGGAAUUCCUGAAGUUGGUAUCCCGAGGUUCGAACCUCUCUACAUUGAGAAAAUCGGAAUUUCAAAAGGACAUGGUGCUGUCACCCUGGUGGGAAACUUCAACCAUCUCUAUGCUCAUGGACCAAGCAAUACCACAACCAAAAAUGUCAGACUGGAUUUGGACACCGGAGACCUGGACAUUUCGCUCCUCAUUCCAAUUAUCAAAACAGAAUCCAUGUAUGACUUGAAAGGAAACAUUCUGCUGCUGCCAUUGGUUGGAAUUGGUGAUGCAAAACUUCUUCUCAAAAACGUUACAACCGACGUGUUCAUGAAAGUUAAGUUUCCCAGACUACCGAGUGGUGUCGAAGUGAUGGAAGUCAUCGAUAUGAAGGUCAACUUCAAAAUGAAUUCAUGUCGGGUUCACCUGGAUAACCUCUUCAAUGGAAACAAAGUCCUAGGACACACCGUGAACACAUUUGUCAACAAAAAUGCAUUGGAAAUCGUUGAAGAGCUGAAAGAUAACAUUGGAGAAGCUCUGGCCAUUGUUUUCAAGAAGAUAAUGAAUGACAGUUUUGGUAGAAUUCCAACAAAAUUCUGGCUUCCUGAGGACAGUUAGGCUCUCUGUCGUUUCUAAGUAGAAUAGAAAAAUACAAAAUACUGAAUCUCUCUCUUAUUGAAUUGCAAUCAAGCAUAGUAUGUAUUGUUAAUGUUAGAUGAAUAAUUUCGUAUGAUCUUUGAUUCAGGUAAGCGAAAAGACUGUUUUUGAUUCCUUUGUUACCAUGUUUUCUGAAUAAAUUUUGUUUGUACAAUU